AUGUUCUCUCGCCAGGCUUUCCGCUGUGCGCAGCCUCUCAAGCAGAGCCUCCGCAAGUACUCCGCUGAGGCCGCUCCCAAGAAGUCCAACCUCACCCCCAUCUACCUUACCGUCGGUCUCGCUGGUCUAGGUGCUGGUGUCUACCGCUACAGCACCUCUGCUGUUGCUGAGCCUAAGGAGCGCGCCAAGGUCUUCAAUGGUCAGGACUGGGUUGACCUGAAGGUUUCCGACGUUGAGACCCUGAGCCACAACACCAAGCGUAUUCGCUUUGAGUUUGAUGACAAGGAGGCCGUUGGUGGUCUUCCAGUUGCCUCUGCUCUUCUGACCCGCUUCAAGCCCGAGGGCAAGGAGAAGUUUACUCUCCGUCCCUACACUCCUGUCAGCGAUGAGGAGCAGCCCGGCUACCUUGAGCUCGUCGUCAAGGCUUACCCCAACGGUCCCAUGUCCUCCCACAUCACCUCCCUGAAGGAGGGCGAGAAGCUGGCCUUCAAGGGUCCUAUCGUCAAGUACGCCUGGGAGCCCAACAAGCACAACCACGUUUGCCUGAUCGCCGGUGGUACCGGUAUCACCCCGAUGUACCAGCUCGCCCGCCAGAUCUUCAAGAACCCCGAUGACCGCACCAAGGUUACCCUGGUCUUCGGUAACGUCAAGCAGGAGGACAUCCUGCUGAAGAAGGAGCUCGAUGAGUUGGAGAACACUUACCCCCAGCGCUUCCGCGCUUUCUACGUCCUUGACGAGCCCCCCAAGGAAUGGGCCGGCGGCAAGGGUUUCAUCUCCAAGGAGCUGCUGAAGACUGUUCUGCCCGAACCUAAGGAGGAGAACAUCAAGGUCUUCGUUUGUGGUCCUCCUGGCCUUUACAAGGCUAUCUCUGGUACCAAGGUCAGCCCUCAGGACCAGGGUGAGCUCUCUGGUACCUUGAAGGAGCUGGGCUACAGCCAGGAGCAGGUCUUCAAGUUUUAA